AGUAAAAGGAUCGAGCGGACUGGUCCAAUUUUAGGUUGACUCGCUGCAGUCCGUCAGAUGGGGAGCGGAUGGUGGAUUGUGGGCCUGAGGGCACAGCGUGCCCUGCCUUGAGCGUGCCCUGCCUCAGUCCACCGCACGCGGCGCCCCCACCUUGCUCCCAAUCGCCGCCCCCGUCUCUAACCACCGACGACGCCCCAGAUGCGCCGCCACCACGCGCCGGCCAGCUCCACGCCAUACCGCGCCGCGCGCCCUCCGCCCCAACCACCUCUGUCGCCUCCACACUAUUCCCGAGCACCGCCCCCUGCCGCCGGGCCCCUGCUCCCGAGCGCCACCGCCCGCCGCCGGGACACUACUCUGGAGCAUCGCCCAGGGCCCAUGCCCCCAUCCCCGACUCUCACCAGGCCCCUUAGCUUCAUCGCCCAGGCAACAUCGCUGCCCCCGGGCGAUGCCCAGGGCCCCGCACCGCUGACAGCCGUCGCCCUGGAUCUCCUCUCCCAACCUUCGCCGGGGCCGCCUCCUCUACCAAUCGCCGCCGUGGUAUCACCGGCGACCCUCCCCUGUUGUCUUCUCCCUCCUCCCUUCUUAAUUCCUCACCCACCGGUUGGGCUCUGCUUGGAUUUUGGCCGCGGGAUCCGUCCGUCCCUACACCACGUGGGUUUUGAUGACUGCAGACGAGUGAGAUUGAUGGCAACCGACGUCAACCACCGGUGCACUCGCCAUGCCCAGUCACCUUUGUACUCUCUCGGCUUUGACGACAGCUCGGGUAACUAGUGCUCGUAGCCAGUGUCUGAAGUUCAGCUGUAUGUUUAGGUGCAAAAAACCGAUGUUUUGGUUAGUUGGUUUUAAUUUCACAGUCUUCUUCCAAGUUUAUAUUUCCAAAAAUGCAUCAACGCCGUGGAGAGUUAAUUGUUUUUGUGUACUUGUAUCAAGCCUUGUGUUUGAUGGAGAGAUAGAGACAUUUGUGGCCGACGAGAGCACUAACCGGCUUUUCUCUUGAAGAUUUCAUCUCCGAUCAGUGCUCCAUGCUCCCCACCGGCGCACCCCGUCGCCGUCCACCGAGCCACCUCGCCACCACCUGCAGAACGAGGAGGCCUCGGCCUGAAGCUAGAGGAGGAAUCGACCCGCAUCUACAGAUGGAUGGCGGCGGGAGGUUACUUCUUUGGGCUGUAUUCGACAGAGUACGUCAAUGAAUGGAUGGUUUCUGAAGAUUUCCAACCUGAAGGGCUCACCUUUUAUACACAUGAAUGCACGAUGCAUACGCCACGCUUCAUUAUGCUAUGGAUGCUUGUCUUACCCAACCUCGGGAUAACAUUGGUGUAUCGGAGAGCCCAUCCUACCUUCUUGCAGUGGUCCACCCCGGUCACCACAAUCGGCGAUGUGGAUCGGCCGCCGCUGUCCCGAGCAGGGGACCUCACAAACCACGCCCCAACCGUCCGCGCGCGUCAAUGGGUCGCUGCCCCAUUCCUCCAUCUGCCUGAUGAUGCUACCAGGCAGAGGCUCCCCCACCACCGCGCAGACUACUACCGGUGCAGCUUCACUGUCGCACCAUGGCGUUCAUCGACGCCUCCUCCGGCCAUUCAAGUCCCGUGGAGGUUCACAACUACAGGGCCCCCGAAAUCCUACUCCUGCCAUGCUCAGACGAGGAAGUGUUUCGAAGAAACGAAAUAUCAAACGGAGUCCAAACGGAAUGAAACCUUCGGGAACGUACGAAGGACUUGA